AUUCGGUACCUGCGCCGAGGCGAGCGGGGACCACCAGAAGGCGGGGCGGAGCGCGCGAGGGACUUCGGCGCAGGGAGGGGCGGGACCAUGAGAAGGGGGCGGGGCUGGGCGCGGGGAGAGGGGGGCGGUGUUUGUGUUGGAAAAUCCAACUGCGCCACGGGGCGGAGCGGCCCCCCCAGCCCCGGCCUGGGAGAGGGGGGGCCGCUCGACCCCCUGGACGACCUUGUGGAACCUGAACACCUGGGACACCCCAGAAUUAGGUUCCCCCAGGCACCAUGCCGGCCCGGUAGUACACCCACCUCUACCCGCUGUGGUCUGCUGCACCCCGCUGUUGGGGCAUUGGUUCCAAUGAGACAGGGCACACCAAACUCCAUCUGUUCUCUGCCGGUGGCCCUGCUUCAUCCCAUCUGCCAUUCUUCAGAAAAGGAGAAAAGAUGAUACCUAAGCCAGGGACUUAAGUUCUCUGGAUGUGUGUUGCUCUUCUCCACUACUCAUAAGUUUUGAGUGGGACUGUUUUAUUCUAUGUAUCUCUCACUAUUUGGCAAGAUGGUUUGCGCAUUGGGGUGCCUCAGUGAAAUUGCGCUGAAUGAAUGUGUUAACUGAAUGAGCUUCACGGCCAAGAAACUGAUGGCUCCUGAGGUCUGCUGCAUAGCCUCCUACCCACACCUUCUCUAGAGGACAGGAGACUUUUGGGGUGGUAAUGUGGGGUAGAGGUGAGGGGCAGGCUGACCCAAGAAAUGUCCUGUGAGGAUAAAACCAACAGAGAGUAGGACAGAGGCAUUAUAUAAGAAUGUUAAGAAUAAGGCUCUGGAAAGAAACCUAGCUAUUCCUCUCUCUUGCAGAAUGACCUUGACCAAGUUACAUAAGCUCUCUGAGCCUCAACUUCCCCACCUGUAAAAUGGGGCAAUCUAAGUACCGCCUACAUCAGCUUCUGGAGGGGAGUUUGAAAAAUGUACAUGAAGUGCUUAUUAACACAGUACCUGGCAUGUAAUAAGCAUUCACUAAAUGGUAGCAGUGAUCACAAUGGGAGCCACAGGGAGCUGUGAGGAUAAAUAAGCACUGAUGUUGAGGAAUCAGACAGAACUUAAUUGAAGGCAGACUUCCAAAUACUUGACUCAAACAGAAGGAUCACUGAUCCAGCAAGACGUCAGGAUUCAGGGGGAGGGAGGGGAGGAGUCAGCAGGGUCAGCCUGCCCCAGUGUUUUCCUGACUCUGUUCAGGAACAUGAAGGCAAACACAGAAGGGCAUGUGCAGAGACACACGUGAUCACGCAAGUGAUGCAGAGGCAGUCCCAGACAAAAGACCGAGACAGGAGCCAGGCAGACACACAGACAGAGACAGCCCCUCGGUGUCUUGUAGACAGGCAUAAUGACAGGAACGCGUCAGACAGAGGCACUGAAGGAGACAAGAUGAGCAGAUAUGCAGGCUGUUACUGAGGCGGAGACACAUGUGAUGAUUGGCUUUCUGGGGAAAGAGAAAGUCCUGUGAUUGGUCAGGUCUCCGGAGCUCGUCAACGCCGGGAGAGGACGCUCCCACGGAGGCCGGAAUUGGCUGCGAAAGGCCCUGGACGACCAUCUGGGGGCAUUUGGCCCUCCUGUCAGAGCGGCUGGAGCGGAACCAUCGCCCCAGAGAGCUGGGCAGGGGGCCGUGCCCGAUCUCCAGGGCUCCUGGGGCCACUGCUGACCUGGCUGGAUGCAUCGGGCAGUGGACCCUCCAGGGGCCCGCACUGCACGGGAAGCCUUUGCCCUUGGGGGCUUGAGCUGUGCUGGGGCCUGGAGCUCCUGCCCGCCCCACCCCCCUCCUCGGAGCGCAUGGCUGCCUGGAGGCAGGUGCUCUGCCAGCAUCGGGCAGCCCCCACUCUCUGCUCCCCUCCCCCCUUCACACGGCAGUAGCUCUGGGCACCCCAACAAACUAUAUUUUGCUCCAGGGACACCCAACCCGAGACCCCUCCAUGGGAAGCUGGAAUCCCUGCAUGGCUGUGUGCAGGCUUUGCUCCGGGAGCCAGCCCAGCCAGGGCUGUGGGAGCAGCUUGGGCAGCUGUACGAGUCAGAGCACGACAGUGAGGAGGCCAUUCGCUGCUACCACAGCGCCCUUCGAUAUGGAGGAAGCUUGGCUGAGCUGGGGCCCCGUAUCGGCCGAUUACAGCAGGCCCAGCUCUGGAACUUUCAUGCCGGCUCCUGCCAGCACCGACCCAAGGUCCUGCCCCCCUUGGAGCAAGUGUGGAACUUGCUGCACCUUGAGCACAAGCGGAACUAUGGGGCCAAACGGGGGGGUCCCCCAGUGAAGCGAGCCGCUGAACCCCCAGUGGUGCAGCCCGUGCCUCCUGCAGCACUCUCAGGCCCCUCGGGGGAGGAGGGCCUCAGCCCCGGAGGCAAGCGCAGGAGGGGCUGCAACUCGGAGCAGACCGGCCUUCCCCCAGGGCUGCCGCUGCCUCCACCACCGUUACCACCCCCGCCGCCCCCGCCGCCGCCCCCGCCGCCGCCCCCGCCCCUGCCUGGCCUGGCCACCAGCCCUCCAUUUCAGCUGACCAAGCCAGGGCUGUGGAGUACCUUGCAUGGAGAUGCCUGGGGCCCCGAGCGCAAGGGUCCAGCUCCCCCAGAGCGUCAGGAGCAGCGGCACUCGCUGCCUCCUCACCCAUAUCCAUACCCAGCUCCGGCCUACCCCUCGCACCCCCCUGGCCACCGGCUGGUCCCGGCUGCACCCCCAGGCCCAGGCCCCCGCCCCCCAGGAGCAGAGAGCCAUGGCUGCCCGCCUGCCACCCGUCCCCCCGGAAGUGACCUUAGAGAGAGCAGAGUUCAGAGGUCGCGGAUGGACUCCAGCGUUUCACCAGCAGCAACCACCGCCUGCGUGCCUUACGCCCCUUCCCGGCCCCCUGCCCUCCCCGGCACCACCACCAGCAGCAGUAGCAGCAGCAGCAACACCGGUCUCCGGGGCGUGGAGCCGAGCCCAGGCAUUCCCGGCGCCGACCAUUACCAGACUCCUGCGCUGGAGGUCUCCUCUCACCAAGGCCGCCUGGGGCCCUCGGCACACAGUAGUCGGAAACCGUUCCUGGCGGCUCCUGCUGCCACUCCCCACCUGUCCCUGCCCCCCGGCCCCCCCUCACCUCCUCCACCCCCCUGUCCCCGCCUCUUACGCCCCCCGCCCCCCCCUGCCUGGCUGAAGGGCCCAGCCUGCCGGGCAGCCCGUGAGGAUGGAGAGAUCUUAGAGGAGCUCUUCUUCGGGGCCGAGGGACGCCCCCGCCCUCCUCCCCCACCUCCCCACCGCGAGGGCUUCUUGGGGCCUCCCGCCCCCCGCUUUUCUGUGGGCACUCAGGAUUCGCACACCCCUCCCACUCCCCCGACCACCAGCAGCAGCAGCAGCAACAAUGGCAGCCACAGCAGCAGCCCUACUGGGUCUGUGUCCUUCCCCCCACCUCCCUAUCUGGCCAGAAGUAUGGACCCCCUUCCUCGGCCCCCCAGCCCAACACUGAGCCCCCAGGAUCCGCCUCUUGCACCCCUCAGUCUUGCCCUGCCUCCAGCCCCUCCCUCCUCUUGCCACCAAAAUACCUCAGGAAGCUUCAGGCGCCCGGAGAGCCCUCGGCCCAGGGUCUCCUUCCCAAAGACCCCCGAGGUGGGGCCGGGGCCAUCCCCAGGCCCCCUGAAUAAAGCCCCCCAGCCUGUGCCGUCCAGGGUUGGGGAGCUGCCUGCCCGAGGCCCUCGACUCUUUGAUUUCCCCCCUACCCCGCUGGAGGACCAGUUUGAGGAGCCAGCUGAAUUCAAGAUCCUACCUGAUGGGCUGGCCAACAUCAUGAAGAUGCUGGACGAAUCCAUUCGCAAGGAGGAGGAGCAGCAACAACAGGAGGCUGGCGUGGUCCCCCCGCCUCCCCUGAAGGAGCCCUUUGCAUCUCUGCAGCCUCCGUUCCCCACUGACACAGCCCCAGCCACCACCGCUGCCACCACCGCUGCCACCACCACGGCCACCCAGGAAGAGGAGAAGAAGCCACCACCAGCCCUGCCACCACCGCCGCCUCUAGCCAAGUUCCCUCCGCCACCCCAGCCGCAGCCGCCGCCACCCCCGCUACCCCCGCCAGCCAGCCCAGCCAGCCUGCUCAAAUCCUUGGCCUCUGUGCUGGAGGGACAGAAGUACUGUUACCGGGGGACUGGAGCAGCUGUUGCCACCCGGCCCGGGCCCUUGCCCACCACUCAGUAUUCCCCUGGCCCCCCAUCAGGUGCUACCGCCCCGCCGCCCACCUCAGCGGCCCCAAGCGCCCAGGGCUCCCCGCAGCCCUCCGCUUCCUCGUCAUCUCAGUUCUCUACCUCAGGCGGGCCCUGGGCCCGGGAGCGCAGGGCGGGUGAAGAGCCAGCCCCGGGCCCCACGACCCCCGCCCCGCCGCCCCCACCCUUGCCUCUGCCCCCCGCUCGCUCUGAGUCUGAGGUGCUAGAAGAGAUAAGUCGGGCUUGUGAGACCCUCGUGGAGCGGGUGGGCCGGGGUGCCACAGACCCGGCAGACCCAGCGGACACAGCAGACCCAGUGGACACUGGGGCUGAACGACUGCUGCCUCCAGCUCAGGCCAAGGAGGAGGCGGGUGGGGCGUCGGCGGUGGCAGCAGCGGCAGCAGGACCAGGUAGCAGCAAGAGGAGGCAGAAGGAGCACCAGAAGGAGCACCGGAGGCACAGGCGGGCUUGUAAGGACAGUGUGGGUCGGCGGCCCCGAGAGGGCAGGGCCAAGGCCAAGGCCAAGGCCCCCAAAGAAAAGAGCCGCCGGGUGCUGGGGAACCUGGACCUGCAGAGCGAGGAGAUCCAGGGUCGUGAGAAGGCCCGGCCUGAUCUUGGCGGGGCCUCCAAGGCCAAGCCACCCACCGCUCCAGCCCCUCUGCCAGCUCCUGCCCCCUCCACCCAGUCCACACCCCCGUCCGCCCCCGUUCCCGGGAAGAAGGCUCGGGAGGAAGCUCCAGGGCCACCGGGUGUCAGCCGGGCUGACAUGCUGAAGCUGCGCUCACUUAGUGAGGGGCCUCCUAAAGAGCUGAAGAUCCGGCUCAUCAAGGUGGAGAGCGGUGACAAGGAGACCUUCAUCGCCUCGGAGGUGGAAGAGCGGAGGCUGCGGAUGGCGGACCUCACCAUCAGCCACUGCGCGGCCGAUGUCGUGCGGGCCAGCAAGAAUGCCAAGGUGAAAGGGAAGUUUCGAGAGUCCUACCUUUCUCCUGCCCAGUCUGUGAAACCCAAGAUCAACACUGAGGAGAAGCUGCCCCGGGAAAAACUCAACCCGCCCACACCCAGCAUCUAUCUCGAGAGCAAACGGGAUGCCUUCUCACCGGUGCUGCUGCAGUUCUGUACAGACCCUCGAAAUCCCAUCACCGUGAUCCGGGGCUUGGCGGGCUCCCUACGGCUCAACUUGGGCCUCUUCUCCACCAAGACGCUGGUGGAGGCGAGUGGCGAACACACGGUGGAGGUGCGCACCCAGGUGCAGCAGCCCUCAGAUGAGAACUGGGACCUGACGGGCACCCGACAGAUCUGGCCCUGUGAGAGCUCCCGUUCCCACACCACCAUUGCCAAGUACGCGCAGUACCAGGCUUCCUCCUUCCAGGAGUCCCUGCAGGAGGAGAAGGAGAGUGAAGAUGAGGAGUCGGAGGAGCCGGACAGCACCACAGAAACCCCUCCUAGCAGCGCCCCGGACCCGAAGAACCAUCACAUCAUCAAGUUUGGCACCAACAUCGACCUGUCCGAUGCCAAGCGGUGGAAGCCCCAGCUGCAGGAGCUGCUGAAGCUGCCCGCCUUCAUGCGGGUGACCUCCACGGGCAACAUGCUGAGCCACGUGGGCCACACCAUCCUGGGCAUGAACACCGUGCAGCUGUACAUGAAGGUCCCUGGCAGCCGAACGCCAGGCCAUCAAGAGAACAACAACUUCUGCUCGGUCAACAUCAACAUUGGCCCCGGCGACUGCGAGUGGUUCGCGGUGCACGAGCACUACUGGGAGACUAUCAGCGCCUUCUGCGACCGGCACGGCGUGGAUUACUUGACGGGUUCCUGGUGGCCAAUCCUGGAUGACCUCUAUGCUUCCAACAUCCCUGUGUACCGCUUCGUGCAGCGCCCAGGAGACCUUGUGUGGAUCAACGCGGGGACCGUGCACUGGGUGCAGGCCACCGGCUGGUGCAACAACAUUGCCUGGAACGUGGGGCCCCUCACCGCCUAUCAGUACCAGCUGGCCCUGGAACGAUACGAGUGGAACGAGGUGAAGAACGUCAAAUCCAUUGUGCCCAUGAUUCACGUGUCCUGGAACGUGGCUCGCACGGUCAAAAUCAGCGACCCCGACUUGUUCAAGAUGAUCAAGUUCUGCCUCCUGCAGUCGAUGAAGCACUGCCAGGUGCAGCGGGAGAGCCUGGUGCGGGCCGGGAAGAAAAUCGCCUACCAGGGUCGGGUCAAGGACGAGCCCGCCUACUACUGCAACGAGUGCGACGUGGAGGUGUUCAACAUCCUGUUCGUGACGAGCGAGAACGGCAGCCGCAACACGUACCUGGUGCACUGCGAGGCCUGUGCGCGGCGCCGCAGCGCCGGCCUGCAGGGCGUGGUGGUGCUGGAGCAGUACCGCACCGAGGAGCUGGCGCAGGCCUACGACGCCUUCACGCUGGCCCCCGCCAGCACGUCGCGAUGAGGCCGGACGCCCCGCCGCCUGCCCGCCCGCAGGGCGCCGCGGGGCCACCAGCACACGCCUGGGCUGGACCUAGGUCCCGCCUCUGGCCGGGAAGGGGCCGGGCCCAGCCCUUCCACCCCAUUGGCAGCUCCCCUCACUUAAUUUAUUAAGAGAAAGAAUUUUUUUUAAACAAAUAUGAGGAAAAAAGGAAAAAAAAAAAGGGAGGCGGGGGAGGGGGCUGGCAGCCCCUCGCCCACCAGCGCCUCCCCUCACCGACUUUGGCCUUUCUAGCAGCAGACACAAGGACCAGGCUCCGGCGGCGGCGGGGGUCACAUACGGGUUCCCUCACGCCUGCCAGCCGCCCGCCCGCCCGGCGCAGAUGCACGCGGCUCGUGUAUGUACAUAGACGUUACGGCAGCCGAGGUUUUUAAUGAGAUUCUUUCUAUGGGCUUUACCCCUCCCCCAGAACCUCCUUUUUUACUUCCAAUGCUAGCUGUGACCCCUGUACAUGUCUCUGUUUAUUCACUUGGUUAUGAUUUGUAUUUUCUGGUUUUUUGUUUGUUUUUGUUUUUUUGGUUUUUAAUUUAUAACAGUCCCACUCACCUCUAUUUAUUCAUUUUUGGGAAAACCCGACCUCCCGCACCCCCCAGCCAUCCCGCCCCUCCAGGGACCGCCCGUCCCCGGGCUCUCCCUGCGCCCCAGUGUGUGUCCGGGCCCGGCCUGUCCGUCUCCGCCCGCCCGCGGCUCCAGCCGGGUUCUCAUGGUGCUCAAACCCGCUCCCCUCCCCGACGUCCUGCACUUUCUCGGACCAGCCCCCUACUCCCGACCCGCCCCCAACCCCGCCCGAGGGUGAGCGACUCCUGUACUGUAGGGAAGAAGUGGGAACUGAAAUGGUAUUUUGUAAAAAAAAAAAAAAAAAAAAAAAAAAAAAAA